AGGCUGUUGGCAAGUUGUACACUACUGCAGUGGCCUCUAUAGCAGAACAUGGAACUAUAUCUGAUACAACCACUAAGGUGCCAGAAGUGGCCUUACUCUUGGAGAAAUGUGAUGACGCAGACUCUUGUGUAGCGACGUCAUGCUGCUCAGCUCUCGUGCAGCUUGUUUAUGAGGGGCAUGCUGACUUCAACUUUGUAUUGAACAGUUUAUUGAACAGAGUGCCUUCAGCUACGAAUUGUGGAGGAAUUGUCCAAGCUCUGACAGACUUGCUCAUUCUCCAAAUGAGAACAUCUGUCAAUGAUGGAAGCUAUGACAAACGUGGACCACCACAUCCUUACAUUACCGCAGUGGAAAACAAACCUGACAUAUGGCAUUCUCUGCUCAACCACAUACGCCAUCUAUUCACUCAUAGUGAAACCAGGAUCCGACAAAAUGCAUUAAAGAUUGUUUCUCCAUUUGUGAAGUAUGCACUCCUUGACCCGAGUUUUGCAGAUGACAAAACACAUCUGCGCUAUGCAUUAUGGGAUGUUCUACUCGACAACUGUUGCCAGAGCACCAGUGCUGUCACCUAUGUAGCUGGAAUACUGAAUGUGCUAGCAGUUCAAUGCUCUACAGAAAAGCAUAUAGCUGAAUAUGGGCAUCAUUUGAAGCGUGUGAUAUCCACGUUGGUUGGUAACUAUGGCAACAAGAAGGAUCAAUGGAAACUACUGAAAGAACUUCUGUAUUUGUCACUGUCGACAUGCAUAAAGAUGGACCAACUUGGGAUGAAUAUCUAUGGAAUGGUUUCCUGUUUAAACGAUUUGGUGACACAACUUACGGAUGAGGGGGCUGUAGAAGGAGAGAUGUUGCUAGGAUUGGCUUCAUUAAUGCAAAGAUCAAUUCCAUCUCUGCAAAUAGAGAUUCUACACAUAUUGCACAUGUUAAUGGAAAAGUCCACACACCUGAAUCCAAUACUUCAAGGGUUCUUAGCUGGGCCUAUGAUUCAGAUUGUUGCUAUGCCAACACCAGUUACUCCAGCAACCACAACUAAGAAAUUACAUCAUAUAGCAACCAAGAUUCUGUCAUUGAUUGAGUCCAGACUGGAAUCUAGCCACACGAUGCAGGAUUCUUCCCAACAAAAGGAAGGAGGCUCAAAAUACAGAGGGGACUAUAGUGUUUUUGGGGUGUACACCCAGCUCACCGAACGACUGUCAGCAGCCAACAACAAGGCCUCUGAUUGGCUCAAACAUCUAGCUAUCACAAUCCCUAGCUGUAAGAAAAUCCCAGAUGAGGUUACGUAUAUUGUGACAUCACUUGCGUUGAAGACUGAAUGUUUGGACCUUGCAGUUCCAGUUUUACUAGCAAUUGCAAAAGUGGAGCCUACAAAGGCAGUUGACUUACUCUCUGUGUUCCUGUACCUACUUCACAGACAGAAGACUGCAGCUACCAAGUAUGUCAUCCUCUCUGCACUUCCUAGCCUGGCUGUACACAAGUUGGCAAUGCGGCCAGCUAUGAAAACAUUACUGCUUUUGUGCAAUGUACCUGACCUGAAACCAACUGGUUUGAGACUAUUAACAUCACUAUGGCAACAGCAGGAUCGUUGUUUCCCAUACCUUCAGCGCCUCUUAUUAGACAAUGAUAAUGGUCAAAGGUCAAAGGUGACAGGUGUCAAUGAGCUCUUAUUGUCAAAGGCUGCUUGUAUAAGAGACAUAUGUGUAUCUAGGCCACAUCAACAUGGUGCAGAUAUGUUGGGUCCACUCUCUAAGAUGCUGAACGACUACACUGACACCUGCUAUGCCCCUGUUGCUUCACUAGCAUUACAAGGAAUACAUGCUCUAUGUAAAUCUGAGGUAAUAGACAUCAGGACAACAUGGGCUGUACUUGCCCCAAAGCUGACAAAGGAUGACAGGCCGUUGGUACAGGUGGACAUCUGUAGAUUGUUCUCACUUGUUCCGAGCCUCGCUGUGGAGACACAGGAAUUUCAGGACUUUUACUGGGUAGUAGUUGAGUCUCUAUGGAAGUUCACCCUCUCUACAAAUGACAAGGUUGUGUCUGCUGCCUAUGAUGCCCUGGCCCAGUUCCCUGCAUCACACUUCAAGCUGAGUCACCUCCCUGAUCAGGUGAAAGCUGAGUACAGCACAGAAGCUGAGGAUGAUGAAGAAGACAGUGAGAAAAUACCUGGGGAUUGUUUCAUGAAGCUACUCUCAGCCCUUCCUGCUCAAGCAAGACCAGCAUUUGUGCAUUUUCUGACAUCACUUGUCCAACAUGAGGUAGACAACAUGCCACGUGGUGUCCACCAUAAACACAUCCAGAGACAACAGGUUCUCUCCAGCAAAGACAAGACAUUGUCCCGGGUAGCAGAGUUCAUACUGCAACAACAUGAAGGUGGUCCAUCUCCAAGUCUACAACCAGCCAUAGCAGCCAGUAUGCUAUUCUGCUAUGACCCUCAAGUAGAGAUGGGCAAAGAUGGUAGGGUACGAAAGCACUAUAUCAUUUCACAUGGUCGCAACUAUGAGAAGAUGCUCCCUGUUUUACUAAAUGGUGUCCCCAUAGAGUUGGAGAACUGGCAUAUGAUGAUGUUGCUGCCACAGGCCUGGGCUGGCUUCAUUGAGAGGUGCUUCUAUGCCAUGUUUGAGUGUCGUCAAACUGAACUACAGCAGCAAAGCAAGAGAGAGGACAGCGAAGACUGGGAACAACUGGACAAUGAUUCUGAAAAUGCGUGGAUUUGGGUUAGAGAUAAGAUAUGUGAGAUACUUAAGAGAGCAUCAAGAGGAGCACCUAACUCCCAGGGCAACAGCAUCUUGGCAUUAGCUGGGCUUUUAACCAUUGUGACAUCACACACAAGUACGCUUGAUGAGAAAGCAUUAAAACUUGCAGAUGAGGACAGUGCACAUCUUAGCAACAACCAUUGGAAACAGAUUGUCUGUGAUACCAUCAUGGCCAUAGCGGAGCCAGCAUAUCGGGAGCGAUUUAAACAAAGGAAGGGCAGUAUAUUGAACAUUCGACCUCAUGAAACAUCCUGUAGUCUUCUAGCCAAAGCCUCUGCCUGUCUCUCCCUUCCACAGCUCCUCCCCUUUCUUAUCACCACAGAUACAGAGGCGGUGCUUCAAUUGAUUGACAGCUUGACAGGCAGGUUACCAGGACAACCAGGGGCAGAUGACUCCAGUAUAUUGAAGUUCCACCAUGGGCUUGCUUUAGGAAUGUUAAUAUCUAAGUUGUUUGAGGAACAUUUCUCAAAUGUCACAGGAUCAAAGGGAAUGUUGGCAGUAUGGAAGGCUCUUGAUGUUCUCGAAGACAGUUGUUGCUUCGAUACAACAAUAGAGGGCAGGUCAGGUGCUAUUUUAGGCCUUGGGGUUGCCUUGACAACAGUUUGCAAUGAUGGCAAGCCAGACUCAAGGGCUCAUAUACAUGCGGUUUACAGCAAAUUACUCCUCCUUAUGGAAAACACUGGUCAUUCUGACAAAACAUUUGAAAGUGUCACAUUUUGUGUGUCCAUAGUGACAGCAGUUGCUUACAAUGUGAAUAUUCUAACACAGGACAUCAUCAACUCAGUAGUGGACACCUUGUACCAGAACCUCAUCAGGAAUCCACAGAUGAGCAGUCUGAGUCUGUCACUUGGGCUACUGUGUUAUAGUGUGGGCCAGACAGGGCACAAUGCUAUAGAACUAUUCAACAAAACUCUGACAGAUUCAUGGGCAAAGACCAUAAAGGACAAGGGUCCAGUUGCAGAAAGGGUCAGUUGUCUUACAGGUCUGCUAGCACUCACUGGAUCAGAGAGAAACUUCCUCAAGGGUUUGAAUGCAGCACAAGAGAAAUCAGCAAUAUGUAUGAACCCCAGUGAUGUUAUUUCUCUUGCUAUUCAACAAACCACAAACAUGAAGGAUGUUGGUAGUGUGAGCCAUCUAUGCUACAUGUUAGGACACUUCUAUUCAUCUAUGAAAGGAGAAAACCAAUCAUCAUCAACAGUUCCUGGCAACUAUAGCUACCUCCCUGACACAAGUGUCCUUCGUGCAGUGUUUGACAAACUGUCUGAGAUAGUUCAAGGAGGGAGAGAUGAGGGGCAUGAGGACCAUGCUAAGAUGUGCUUAACAUCAUUGGAUGGUGUUCAUAAUGGACGAUUUCCACCUGUACAGUGGGCUGGUAUCCUCUCCAGUAUGAUGAGGUUACCUUAUGAUGUGACGGUGAAAGAAUCGUGUCUAAAAGUAGCUAUAGCUCAAAGUUCUACAUCGUCAAGCGCUGUUCUUUUCCUGACAUCCUGGCUUUUGCCCCCUCUAUUUUAUAGUUUACCAGUAAGUUGUCAGAGACUAGCCCUGGGGAAACUUCCAAUACUGGUGAAGUCACUCCCUGUAACAGCAUUAAAAACAUUCUGCUAUGAGAACAUACUGCAAACUGUGACAUCAGAAGACAAUGCAGCGACAUCAAAGGAGAAUGUUGUGACCUCAGAAGUGAAUGACUCGAGUUCUGGGGCUGAUAUGUCUUUAUGCCAGUGUAGCUUAGAGGGAUUGUAUGAAGCUCUGAGAGUGCCUGACCCCCCACAGUCAGUCACAUACAUCAUGUACCAAACUGUUGAGAAGCUAUACCCACAACUCCCCUCACUUACAAAGGAUGAAGAGAUUAUUACCCUCGCUAAAUGUAUGUUUGAGAUACCCGAUGUCAUAGUUGAUCGCCUAGUCUUGGCUGACUUUACAAGCAGUGCCACCUAUAGGAAGGGAAUGAUAGUAAGGUGUUAUUUGGUCAGCAGUGGGCACCAAGAUAUCCAAUUUCUCAAUGAUGCCAUUGAAACUUUGGCAUCUCCUGAUUGUCAAAACCCGGAAGAGCUUGAAAUGUACCUUGUGCAGUGUCUUCACAAAAUGGCAGGCAAGAAGCUAGAAAGCGGGGCAUCUACCAAGCUAGUACAAUGGCUUGUCUCUCUGAUGGGACUUAUCGCAUCCAUUGAAAAUAAAGUUCCAUAUUUCACAGUUCUUUGUGCCUUUCUAACAACAAGAAUACCCCCACUAUGCCUGAGGCUGGUCCAUAAUGUAGAUAUGCUCACAUCAAGCAUCGAUGACACAGUCUUGAAUGAUAUCAGGAAUCUCAUGUCAUAUACAUUACCUAAGUUGGCCCUGCAGCACCCUUGGAACCAAGCAUUAACCAAGAUGAUCGACUGGAUGAUAAAGAUGAGUGAAACAGGGGAUUAUGAAAUGAGGAAAACUUUGUGUGGAACUCUGCUAGCAUUGCGUGGCACUGGGAAACAUAGUGAUGAACUUCAACAUCAACUCCAGUACAAAAACAUAGGAAUGUGAUAAAGAUUAAUUCAUAGAAAAAGACUUAUGAAGCUAUAUUAUGAGAACUUUGACUUUAAAAGAGAUAUUGUCAGUCAGAGAUGGCAACUUUUCUGCUCCUUUGUAUUUUUUUUACAUACGAAAGUGGAAUUCAUUUUUUUAAUGUAUACACCACCUACCAGAUUCGGACUCUAACAUAAAUGGUGUAGAUUUGUUAUAAAUGGUGUAGAUUU